UUGUUGGUAAACAAACCCUCGUAUUGUACGCGCGAUGGCGGACAGAAUUAGCGAAUUAAAUAGCAUUUGCCGGCUCUGUUUGUGCGAAGACGAUGAGGCGCUCUUUCCCGUGUCCAGCAUCAUCGAUCCCUCGCUAACGGAUGUAGAUAUAGAGCGUUUCACCGGGAUACAGCUGUUUGGCGAAGAAUGUAUAUCGUACUCGAUCUGUGUCGACUGUGGUAAUAAGCUGAAAAAGUGCUCUUUAUUCCGUGCGGCGUGUUUAAACAAUGACACGCUGUUCAAGCAACUGUUUGCGGUGCUGCUCGAAAGUGCCAGGAAAGAAACAUUGGGCGGAGAAAAUCGCGAUAAAAAGGAGGAAGCGGUGGAACAGCACGAGGAAGAAAUCGUGGAAGAGUUCGCGCUGGUCGAGGCAAGCGAACGUUUGGAGCAGCUGAUCGAGCAAGCGGAAGAUGUUGAGAUCGAAACGCAAGAGCUGUCCGGGAAAGACGACGAGGAAACCGCCAGCAGUGACGAGAUGGAAGACGGCUCGCAGGAAAACGCCGAAAGCGGCGACGAGUCUAGGACGAACAAUUUGCUGGAUGAAAGCACCGAUAGUGUAGAAAAUAGUCCGCCCGCUCGUACGAGGCGGCUGUCCUCGCGGUCGGCCAGAAGCGCACGAACGAGCGACGCAACCCGCUCACGGAGGAAGGCAGACCACCACUAUCAGCAUUGCGAUGCGUGCGGGAAGAUGGUUUCGGAUCUGAAAAGUCACAUGCUAAGCCACACGAAGGAGAAACGGUUCUCCUGCCCGUACUGUGCCGUGACGAUGACGUUCAAAUCGAAUCUAAACAUCCAUAUCAAGACGGUCCAUUUGAAGGAGAUUUCGAAAUCGUGCGAGCUGUGCGGGCAAGGAUUCGUCAAUUACAAUUCCUACAAGAACCAUAUGGCUUCACAGCACGGUACGGGUGAGUACAGCUGUGAAACGUGUGCGAAAAGGUUUACGCAUCUGCGAACGUACAACAUGCACGUGCGCCGGCACCAUAAAGCCGAUGCGACGUACAAGAAAAAGAAGCAACUUUGUGGCACGUGCGGCGCCAUGGUUACGCACAUAGCGACGCACAUGCUCACCCAUACGCAGGAGAAGCGGUACGCCUGUCCGCACUGUCCGAUCGAAAUGGUGGACCGGGGGAAUCUGAUGCGCCAUGUCCGGUCGGUCCAUCUCCAGAGUGAGGUGAAGUCGUGCGAAACGUGCGGCAUAGGCUUCAAGUAUCCCAGCUCGCACAGAUCUCACAUGCUCCGAGUGCACGGCAUUGGGAAAACGUUCGACUGCCACAUGUGUGCCAAAAAGUUCAACCACAACAGUGGGCUUAAAUCGCACAUUGCCCGUGUGCACAGCAAUGAGCGAAAGUUCGAGUGUGAAACGUGUGGGAUGCUGUUUAAAGUGAAAGUCGCCCUUACGAAGCAUCAGCUAGUGCACUCGACGGAGCAACCGUACGCGUGCAAUCAAUGUCCGAAACGGUUUAAAAGUCGCCAUGGACGCAAUUCACACCAACUGACCCACACUGGCAUAGUGUUUCCGUGUCCGCACUGUGACAAAUCGUACCGGUACAAGGAUGUGCUUGGUAUUCACAUUCGGCAGAACCAUCCCGAAGCAAAGGAGGAGAAGUCGAUAGCGUGUGAAUAAGGAAGUUGGACUAAUUUGAAGCGUUUUUUUAUACGAUGACUCUUACGACUCGUUAUUGGUAUCGCGUGGACACUGUUAAAUGUAUCAACUCGUUCUUCUAUGGAGGCGCCGUUUUUAUUUGACUUGCGGUUUCUUGGACAUCUAGCCUCCUUUAUCCCUGAUCGAACAUUGGUCGACUACUACUGACGAUAGAGAAAACUCGCGAAUAAAAGCCUCUUUGUUGAUCAAUUUCGACAAACGUUUGGACACGGACGUUGGAAAGGGAAUUUCUAAAGGUAGGAUAGCUGCCCAAGACUUGAAAAGAAAGGCUAAGAUGGUGGUUACGUAUCGCAAUGUAACCUUGAAGGACUUUCAAGUAUUUUGAUAAAAGGCUUUAUAUACGCAGGAUAUGUGGACAAUUUUUUAAUAUUGUGGUUUCUGUAUUGUUAAUUGCUCAUCGGAAUACACCUUCUUUUGUAUGGAAA